AUGCAACGGAUCCUUCAUUUCUUUGUCUUUGACUUUCGAACUCGUCAUCCACGUAUUUUCACAAAUCUGUAUAAAUAAUCACAUCAAUGGUGCUGGAGCAGUUGAAAAUCAAAUCAUUCACCCCAAUUUUCAAUUCAUACCCGCUUCUUCUCCGUCACUACCCCUUCAUCUAUAAAAUACCAGAAAAUAAAACAAACUCAUCCUUUGACUUUCUAAAAGUCAUGCGAUCCAGAUCUCCAAUACCCCAUUCAUCAUCUCAAACUGCCAUAUGAAUGAUAUUAUGAUGGCAAGCUUUUUACCCGUAUUGUUGGUAUUCUGUUUGAUCAACGUCGGGUCGGGUCAAGAAGCCCCGUACAGGAUCCACACAUUGUUUUCAGUUGAAUGCCAGAAUUACUUCGACUGGCAGACGGUGGGCCUGGUUCACAGCUUCCGGAAGGCCCGUCAACCCGGCCCGAUUACCCGUCUUCUUAGCUGCACUGAUGAAGAGAAGAAGAAGUAUAAAGGAAUGAACUUGGCUCCCACUUUUGAAGUUCCUUCUAUGAGUAGACACCCUAGAACUGGUGACUGGUACCCUGCAAUUAACAAACCAGCAGGAGUUGUCCAUUGGCUCAAACAUAGUAAAGACGCACAAAACGUUGAUUGGGUUGUUAUACUGGAUGCUGAUAUGAUUAUCAGAGGCCCAAUUUUACCAUGGGAGAUUGGUGCAGAGAAAGGCAGACCCGUUGCUGCAUAUUACGGGUACCUGGUGGGAUGCGAUAACAUACUUGCCAAAUUGCACACUAAAAAUCCUGAACUAUGCGAUAAAGUCGGUGGGCUUUUAGCCAUGCAUAUAGACGAUCUUCGGGCCUUAGCACCAAUGUGGCUUUCUAAAACAGAGGAAGUAAGAGAAGACAAAGCCCAUUGGGCCACAAAUAUAACCGGUGAUAUUUAUGGCAAGGGAUGGAUCAGUGAGAUGUAUGGAUACUCAUUCGGUGCAGCAGAGGUGGGACUUCGACACAAAAUUAACGAUAACCUAAUGAUCUACCCAGGAUAUAUUCCACGAGAGGGUGUUGAACCUAUUCUUAUGCAUUACGGGUUACCGUUUUCUGUUGGAAACUGGUCUUUUAGUAAACUGGAACACCAUGAAGAUGGUAUUGUUUAUGACUGUGGGCGGCUUUUUCCCGAACCGCCUUAUCCUCGAGAGUUGCGAGCAAUGGAAACUGAUCAAUACAAACUAAGGGGAAUGUUGCUGAAUAUAGAAUGUAUAAAUACACUAAAUCAAGGUCUCAUGUUACAACACGCAGCUUCCGGCUGCCCGAAGCCAAAAUGGUCAAAAUAUCUGAGUUUCUUGAGAAGCAAAAACUUCAAUGAGAUGACUGGACCAAAAGGUUUGACACCUCAGAGCCUGCAAAUAAUGGAAAUACACCAUGAAGAACAACACGACGAAUAUGAACCUGCAAAACCAGAUACGAAAAUCCACACGCUUUUCUCCACAGAAUGUACUCCGUAUUUUGAUUGGCAAACCGUUGGUCUGAUGCACAGUUUCAACCUAAGUGGACAACCGGGAAAUAUUACGAGGCUCUUAAGUUGUACAGAAGAAGAUCUGAAACAAUAUAAAGGCCAUGAUUUGGCUCCCACACAUUACGUCCCAUCUAUGAGCCGUCAUCCAUUAACAGGCGAUUGGUAUCCAGCUAUAAAUAAACCUGCUGCAGUGCUUCAUUGGCUUAAUCACGUAAAAACUGAUGCAGAAUAUAUUGUAAUUCUUGAUGCGGAUAUGAUCUUGAGAGGACCGAUUACACCAUGGGAGUUCAAAGCAGCACGUGGCAGACCGGUUUCAACUCCCUAUGACUAUCUUAUUGGAUGUGAUAAUGAGCUGGCAAAACUCCAUACAAGCCAUCCUGAAGCAUGUGACAAAGUUGGUGGCGUGAUAGUGAUGCACAUUGACGAUCUCAGAAAGUUUGCAAUCUUAUGGUUGCAUAAAACAGAGGAAGUCAGAGCCGACACUGCUCAUUACGGGAAAAAUAUAACCGGAGAUAUCUAUGAAUCUGGUUGGAUUAGUGAAAUGUAUGGUUAUUCUUUUGGUGCAGCAGAGCUGAAGUUGCACCAUGUUAUAAGCGACAAGAUAUUAAUAUACCCAGGGUAUGUUCCUGAACCUGGUGUUAACUAUCGGGUUUUCCACUACGGGUUAGAGUUCAGUGUCGGGAACUGGAGCUUUGACAAAGCGAACUGGAGAACCACUGACAUGGUCAACAGAUGCUGGGCCAAGUUUCCCGACCCGCCUGACCCGUCAGAAGCUGACCAAACAAAUGUCGACACGCUCCAACGUGACUUACUAAGCAUAGAAUGCGGAAAAACGUUGAAUGAAGCUCUUCUGUUGCACCAUGAAAGGAGGGGGUGUGGUGACCCGAAUUCCCUGGGCCCGCCAGACCCAGAAACGGUCAAUGAAGACAUCAUGGCUAGCAAGUUUGACCAAGUUGAUGAAAUUAAUCAUGUAACAAGUAAUACGUCUGCAUCGGUAGUGGAUUUUUCUGCGGAAUCCAACCAAACGUUUCUUGAUUUUAGAUUUUGGAUGAUAUUUUUAUGGGGGUCGUCGGUUUUGGGUGUUGGGUUGGUGAUGAUGGUGAUACUUAGAGGGCGUAAAGGGAAGAAAAGAGGCAAAGGUUUAAAGAACAGGAGAAGAUCAUCACAUCCAGGGUUCUGGGACAAUACUGAGCAAGAUAGGACCGUUCAUGGUGCUGACGUGGCUUGAAAACGUUUAGGAUAAUUUGGUGAAAUGGUGAAUGAUUGAACAUUAAUUUAGCAUAUAUUGGGGGAUGGUUCAAAGUACUGAAAUCUUGACGAGAAAUGUGUAAUUUGUUGUAAUGUUAGUUUACAUCCAGUUUUAAGUCUGGAGAAUGUAGAUUUUGGUUGAAAGUUGAGAUUGUAAGAGUUAAAACGCAUAAUACCAGGGAUGAAUGUUUCUAUUGUGAUCUGCAUUUUAUCUUUUAUAGUGUGUGUUAAGCAUUCUGUUGAA